AUGCACCUCCGCACUAGUGACACUCGCUACCGCGCUGCGCUUCCUGCUGAGUUCUGCGCCAAGACCCCCCCCCCCCCCAUGUACAUCGCCCUCUACUACCUAGUCACUCGGCUCCCUGACUCUCUCUGCGUAGUCACGGACCACUUCCUCUCAGUUUGCCCCACCACUCUCACCGUUGACCUCCUCGAGAAGGGCCUCCUAGCAGUAGAGAAAAACAUAGUCGCUGUAGCGAGAGACACCGCACCGGCAAGGGCAAGGGGGGCAAGGGCGCUGGGAGGGCUAGCGGGGGAGGUGGAGGAAGUGGUGGAGGCAGUGGAGGGAGUGGGGGUGGUGGUGGGAGUGGUGGCGGGGGUGGCGGCGGCGGCGGCAGUAGUGGAGGCGGAGGAGGCGGCGGUGGUGGCGGAGGGAGCGGAGGCGGCGGAGGUGGCGGAGGAGGCGGAGGUGGAGGAGGCGGCGGAGGCGGCGGCGGCGGCGGUGGUGGAGCGGGUCGCGACUCUGCGCAGAGGAGUGGGUCAGCGCGAUGGGGGUACUGGUCCUUGCACUUACGUCCUCCGUACCGGCGACCGAGCUGGUGAGCAGUGCGGGGGCCCGCACUCCACCCAACGCUGCUUCGGCCGCCAGACGGACGCGUGGCGUCACCAGUUCCCCGAGGCGUCAGAGAUCCAUCGCUGGGGAGAUCUGUCUAGGGCGGGGGUUGCCAUCUUUGAUCUUGACUAUGAUGCUUUCCUUGCUGCCAUGUAUUUUGUUACUACUAGUGUUGAGGGUGACUGUUACCUGUGUGUACCGCCUGACCUGGGCAUUGAGGCCACUGCUCUAGGUGCUGGUGAGGCUGCUGCUCUAGGUGCUAGUGCGUCUGCUGCCCCAGGUGCUAGUGCGUCUGCUGCCCCAGGUGCUGGUGAGUCUGCUCUCUCAGGUACUACGUCGGCUCAGGCCUUACACACCUUCACCAUUGACUCGGGUGCGUCCCGCUCCUUCUUUUGA